CACACACAUAACUACGUAAUCUCUUAUCUUCUUUUCUCUUCUCUUCAUUCAUUCAUAUUCAUUCCAUUUUCAUUUUCCUUUUCAUUUUAUCCUCCUUUUCUCCACUUUCCUCUUAGUUCCAAUUUCAUAUGUUUCCUUUUCUUUUUAAAUAAAACCAUGUAUCAAUAAUAAAAAUCUUACUGAAUAUAUACACAUAUAUUUUUUUUUACUUGUUCUUGCUGUGAUCAUCAGUGUGACUCAAAACACCGUCUGAUUGUUGACCCUGCAUCUCUUCCAGGGUUUAUAAGAUGGGUUCUCUGCAAGGACCAGUUUUGUGCCCUUCUGUUCAUGCUAAACUAGCAGGGUUGUUCAGCCUUCCUAUGAUUGGACCAAUGAAUGUUAGCUGUUUUAGAAGUGAAUUCUGGGGAUUCAAGGAACUCGGUGGCGGCAGCGGCGGUGGUGCAAAAGUAAAGCCAGGGAUCCUUUCUUGCAAUGUGCACAUGAGGAAGUGCAAGACAGCAGUGCAUUGUAGUUUCAACUCGUCUUCGAAUGACAGCAGUGGAAGUGCCGCGGAGAAUUUCAAUGAGAAAGAUGAAGAUUAUGUCAACUCUAGCAUUGUUGAAGCUGUUGAGGUGAAGAGCGGAGCAGAUGGCUUCAUAAUCAAAAUGAGGGACGGAAGACACUUACGAUGUGUUCAUAACAAUCCUCAGGGAGGGCAUCUUCCAGAGUAUGCACCACAUCCUGCUAUUGUUUUGAAGAUGGAAGAUGGCACCGGCUUGCUUCUGCCGAUAAUUGUUUUGGAGAUGCCGAGCGUUUUACUAAUGGCAGCCAUGCGCAAUGUUCCCAUAGCUAGGCCUACUUUAUAUCAAGUAGUGAAGGAGAUGGUUGACAAGAUGGGUUACGAAGUUAGACAUGUCAGGGUUACAAGAAGAGUUCAUGAGGCAUAUUUCGCUCAGUUGUAUCUUACUAAGGUUGGAAACGAGGCAGAGUCUAUGAGUUUUGAUCUUCGACCUUCGGAUGCUAUCAAUAUUGCAGUAAGAUGCAAGGUGCCAAUUCAAGUCAACAAAUACUUGGCAUUCAGUGAUGGAAUGAGAGUAGUUGAAUCUGGAAAGCUUUCGACGCAGUUCCCUUUGGACGGUCAAAUAUUUGCCGAAUUGGACAAGCCAAGUGGUCAGCCUUGUGUUGAAACUCAGGAGUUCAAUCUCUUGCAUGAAAUGCUGAAAGCUGUUAACGAAGAACGUUAUCAAGAUGCCGCUUUGUGGAGGGACCAACUCAAUCAACUUAGGUCUGGAAAAAAUGUGAAUAACAGAUAAUGAAGGGAUAAAUUUGUAAAUACAAUCAAACAUUAGCAUGUUAAGGGGAAUAUGCUAUGUUUUUUUAAUUGAAUGUGUGAAUAUGUGUAUAUAUAUUUCCUAACAUUGAUGCUAAUGCUUCAUGUAUAACUUUUAUGAAACUUGUUUCAAUUCUCAAUAGUUGUUAAUUUGAAUACUA